AUGUCGAAAGGUCAAAGCGAUUGGUGUACGUGGUGCCUGGGACUAUCGCAGAGCUGCGACGUUAGCUUGAAGAGGAGAGACAGGCGCGAGAGGGAGCAGAGCGCUGUGAGGAAGAGGAGAGACUGGCGCGAGAAGAAGCAGAGCGCCUCCAGGGAGAAGCAGAACGGCGACUCCAACCAACACCCUGUUCCGCCUCCUCGAUCGUUGCUAUGA